AUGUCCUCAUGGGCUCAGAUUAAGGGGAACAAGCAGGAAUGCAAGGACUACACCCUCCCAAGUACUGCGAAGCUCCAGAAAGCCUAUCCCGCAGACUGGAAACUUGCCAAAAUUGUCGAUGGCGACAGUGAGGCCCAAUCCGUCUGGAAGGAGAUUCAAUCCUCUGGGAUCAUCCCUUCGCAUGUGAAGGUCAAGACGGGUACCAACGACCACAUGGGCAUCAAGGACGAUGGCUACGAUGCGAACUCGGACCCUGACUGUUGGUGGUCGGCGAAUGGUUGCACGAAGCCCAAGGCGAAGGGGCUUAGUGAGGACAUCUUCGAGUGCCCGGAGCCGCGAACUUGGGGCCUUACCUUUGACGAUGGCCCGAACUGUGGCCAUAAUGAAUUUUACGACUUUUUGAAAGACAAGAAACUGAGGGCUACACUCUUUUAUAUUGGCUCUAAUGUGCUCGACUACCCGCUCCAGGCCCAGCGCGGCCUGGGAGAUGGUCAUGAUGUGUUCGCCGAGCUGUACUACACGGCCCGCAUUAUCAAAGAUGUUUUGGGCAUCACGCCGCGUUGCUGGCGCCCGCCGUUUGGUGAUGUGGAUGACCGUGUCCGCGCGAUUGCCACGGCGCUGGGUCUUCGCACGAUUAUUUGGAACCAUGACACAAACGACUGGGACAUUCAGCCCGAUGGCAACUCGCCCACCCAGAAGAUUGACUCCAACUACCAGAAGAUCAUUGACCUUGCGUCUCAGAACAAGGUUAACGACAAGGGUGUCAUUGUGCUUAAUCAUGAACUUAGUAAGAACACCAUGAAUGAGUUUAUGAAAAUGUAUUCCAAGAUCAAGGGCGCCUACGAUAAUGUCGUACCUCUGACCGCCUGCAUGAAUGCGACGACGCCCUACGUGGAGACUAACAUUUCAUACCCGACGUUUGACGAAUUUACGUCAGGCCAAGUCGGUGCAAAGGGCUUGCCUGACUUGGACUCGUACCAGAUUCCCGUGGCCUCUAAGCUGAAAAUUACGAAGGAAACCGACCAAAAAGGUCCAGGUGGCUUUUCGUCCAGCUCCUCGCCGCCAUCUCAGAGCAAUUCAGCGCAGAGCAACUCGUCUGACGACAGCACGUCUCAGUCGUCUGACGAUAGCACGUCUCAGUCGCCUGACGAUAGCCAGUCCGACUCUUCUGACCCUAAAAACUCGUCGGCGCGUGCCCUUGCUUCAUCGACUCUGAGUCUCAUUCUGGUAGCUGUGCUAUCCACCAGCUAUCUCUUGAUGUAA